AUGUCUGGUAAUCGCCGCCCAUUCAAGCUAUUCUCAUCUCGCAAAGACUCAAAUGAAGACCCUACGUAUCCUCCCCCUUAUCACUCCACUGCACCCACGAGCUCGCAAACAGGCGGUGCAAAGCCCAUCUUCGAUUUCUCAAACAUGAAUAUCAGCAUGGAUACCGGCUCAUCUAAGUUAUCUACCCCAAGUGGUAAAUACCCAUCAAAAAGUACAUCUUCGCUUUUAGCCCAAGAUUUCCAAAACUCCCCAGUUUACUAA